UGAGGAAGGAUUUGCAGUGAGCACACGGAUAGGUCUAUGGACGGAGGGUGCCUGUGGGACCUCUCUGAUAGGGACGGUUCCGUCCGCCGAGAGACGAGCGUCAGAAUUAGCACCUAACCAACACUCAGGAUUUGGGGGAUUCGGGUGAAUGUGGCUCCACACAUCAGCAAAAGAUCAUCCACCAGGUUGUCAGACAACGUCCACUCUGGCCUUCCGGUGACCCUGGAAUGGUACAGGUUGGGGAGCCCUCUUUACCUUCCAGGCCUGGCUUACAGACAUGCUCAGACCCAGAAUGCCUUCCAUCAUGGCUGAAAACUGAAUGAAAAAAAGAAAAGGACAUGACUGUUCCUAGGUAUGGUGGAGGAGAAAGCUUAUGAUAGUAUUUUAGGGCCGGGUGCAGUGGGGCACGCCUGUAACCUGAGCACUCUGGGAGGCAGAAGCAGGUGGAUCUCUGUGAGUUCAAGGCCAGCCUGGUUUACAAGAGAGUUCAGGACAGUCAAGGCUACACAGAGAAACCCUGUCUUGAAAAAAAAAAUGAGAUUUAGAUCUUUAAAUAAUCUUGAAACAGGAAAUGUCUCACUUCCUGCUGGAAUCCAUAUCUCUCAGUGUAAAGUGUUGGCUCAUCACUUCUCUGCAGAACUCCUUUAAGAGGGCUAAAGGCGGCUUUGAUUGACUGUUAUUAAAGGACACUGUACGGAUGUUUGUGACUUCAGAUGCUUCUCUACAUUGUUAAAGAGAUGACUCGUGUCAUGAAGAAGGAACACGCCUUGUGGGCAUCUGUGUGUCUGUUGCUUAGCCUUGUCCCCGAGCUUCCUAAUGCUCUGACUGAAGAGGCUGAUGGACAUGCAGAAGCCACAGAUUCAGAGCUGCCGCCGGGGAAACCGCUGCAAACAUUUUGUGCAAUGAAGGUGGAUGGAGGCCCGUGCAAAGCAAUGAUAAGGAGUUAUUUUUUCAAUCUUUCUAGCCAGCAGUGCGAACAGUUCAUAUAUGGAGGGUGCCGAGGAAACCCCAAUCGGUUUGAUACCCUGGAAGAGUGUAAGACAACGUGCAUAAAAGGUUAUAAAGAGAAGAUGGUAAAGACAACAUCCGGGGCAGGAAAGCCAGAUUUCUGCUUCCUGAAAGAGGAUCCUGGAAUCUGCCGAGGCUACUUUACCAAGUAUUUUUAUAACAACGAGUCAAAGCAGUGUGAAAAGUUCGGCUACGGCGGGUGCCUGGGCAACCGCAACCAGUUUGAAACCUUGGAUGAGUGCAAGAAGACCUGUGGGGACGCAUUGAAUGAGUUACAGCUAGGUGAUAUCACAGCUGAUCCCAAUGCUGUAAAUAUCACUUUGAUUUCCCAAUCUACCAAAGUGCUCAGCCGUUGGGAAUAUCAUGGCCCUUCAUGGUGUCUUGCUCCGGCAGACAGUGGAUUGUGUCGAGCCAGUGAGAAAAGAUUCUACUACAAUUCAGCCACUGGGAAAUGUCACCAAUUUAAGUACACUGGAUGUGGGGGAAAUAAUAAUAAUUUUGCUACCAGAAGAGACUGUGUUAGAGCAUGUAAAAGAGGUUUCAUCAAAAGAAAAUCAAAAGGAGAAAUUAAAAUUCAAAGAAGAAAGAAGCCUUCAGUGAAAGUAGUAUAUGAAAGCAUUAGUUAGGAUUAAGAUAUAAACACGUUAUAUUUUUACAUUAAUUUCACUAAAUAUUUCCAUAAGGUAGUUUCACUAUAAUUUCUGUUCUUCUACUACAAUAAUUUUAAUGGAUAUAUUAAUAGCCAAUUUUCCAGGCCAUUGUGUCUGCUAUGGAUGAGUUUUCAUUUCAUUUCUUUUCUAACCUAGUCACUGUACUUUUUUUUUAAGGUGUAGUUUUAACUGGCCACUGUGAAUUUCAUCUUGAUCCCUUUCUAAGUAUUUCCACUUAAUUAAAAGUUCUUUUGCUGACCCAUGAA